AAGAGAUUGUCUGAUCCUCAUCAUGAAAAUAAAAUAAAUUGAGUUGGUUUUGUGCUGUUAAGCCAUUCCUUGCUCUACCUUGAGGAAACUCACUUUUCUUUUAAAUUCAUAAUAAAACAUGAGGGAAAAACACAAUAAACAAUUUAACUUCACAAAUUAUGCUUCUGCUUUAAUUUCAUUUGCAUAUGUUUCCCUACCUUUUAUGGUUGUACAGAAAAUGUUCUGAUUUGCUUUGUUAUUUAUUAGUUUUUGUUUUUAAUAUCUUAAAUAAUCUUGUACUAGUAAACUUUUAGGCUUUAAAUAAUAACUUGCUUCGAAAGAAAAAUUGAAGACAAUAGUUAUCCUAGUGCAUGGAAAAUUAGAAAUGAUGAUGGCAAGUGAGUUACAUGGAAUUCCUAAGUUUUUAAGUUCAAAGAAGUCAUCCUUCGACCGUGACAGGAAUCAUCUGUCUUCCUCAUUCUCUGGUAUCAAGUUGAACUUGCAGUAUUCGAAGAAUGCAGCAUCUGAUUUUCCCUAUGGAAAAUUCUCGACUGUUAUUCAGAGAAACACAAGUAAAAGAUUUUUGGUUACUGCUACUCUUGCUGAUGUUGCAAAUGAUUUUAUGGCCUUACAAUCGCCAAUUUUUGCUGGACAAGAAGCCAAUCCAAAGACCGUUGCAUCGAUCAUUUUAGGUGGUGGAGCUGGAACUCGUCUAUUCCCCCUUACUCAAAAUAGGGCUAAACCGGCUGUGCCAUUCGGGGGAUGUUAUAGGCUGGUGGACAUACCAAUGAGUAAUUGUAUUAAUAGCGGAAUUAAUAAAAUUUACGUCCUUACACAAUUCAAUUCUCAGUCCCUCAACCGCCACAUUGCUCGAACAUAUCAUUUGGGAGGUGGCGUUAACUGUGGUGGUAGUUUUAUUGAGGUAUUGGCAGCAACUCAAACACUCGGCGAAUCAGGAAAUAAGUGGUUUCAGGGCACUGCCGAUGCUGUAAGACAAUUUCUUUGGUUGUUUGAGGAUGCUGAGCAUAAAAACAUAGAGAACAUUCUGAUAUUGUGUGGCGAUCAGCUCUAUCGAAUGGAUUACAUGGAACUUUUGAAGAAGCACAUUAAUUCAUGUGCUGAUGUAUCUGUGUCGUGUCUACCAGUAGAUGGCAGUCGUGCCUCUGAUUUUGGAUUAGUGAAGGUUGAUGAAAGAGGACGGAUACGCCAGUUCAUGGAAAAACCAAAGGGAGAUUUAUUAAGAUCUAUGCAUGUAGAUACGAGUAUUUUUGGAUUAUCAGCUCAUGAAGCAAGGAAAUUUCCGUAUAUUGCAUCAAUGGGUAUAUAUGUGUUUAAAUUAGAAGUUCUUCGCAAACUUCUCAGGAGCUGUUAUCCUAAUGCAAAUGAUUUUGGAUCUGAGGUCAUUCCAAUGGCUGCAAAAGAUUUUAAAGUCCAGGCAUGUCUUUUCAGUGGUUAUUGGGAAGAUAUUGGGACUAUAAAAUCUUUCUUUGAUGCAAACUUGGCUCUUAUGGACAAGCCGCCAAAGUUUCAGUUAUAUGAUCAGUCAAAGCCAAUUUUUACAUGUCCUCGGUUCCUACCUCCAACUAAAAUGGAGAAGUGUCAGGUGAUUAAUUCUUUGAUUUCAGAUGGUUGCUUUUUAAGAGAGUGCAUGGUUGAAAAAUCCAUUGUAGGAAUUCGCUCGAGACUUGACUCUGGAGUGCAGCUAAAGGAUACCAUGAUGAUGGGCGCUGACUAUUACCAAACAGAGUCUGAAAUUGCGUCUCUUUUAGCAGCGAGAGACGUUCCUAUAGGCAUAGGCAAGAAUACAAAAAUUAUGAAUUGUAUAAUUGACAAAAAUGCAAGAAUUGGAAACAAUGUAAUAAUUGCAAACAAAGAAAAUGUGCAGGAGGCUGACAGACCAUCUGAGGGGUUUUAUAUUCGAUCAGGGAUCACGGUAGUGUUAAAAAACUCGGUAAUAAACAAUGGCACAAUCAUUUAAUUCGACGAUGAAUGAUUAUCAAUAGCAGAUGGGAAAACAUAACAAAAAAGACACAAAUGGAGGGUAUAUACUAUAUACCAGCUUCAAACAUUUGCUAUAAACAAAUGUUCCCUGAAAUAAGGGCUCAGGCAUCAAAUUUUGAAUCUUCAAUCAGGGAAAUCAAUAAAAGGACACAUUCAUUUGUCAGAACAAUUUUUGUUGGCUCAUUCAACAGAAGCGAUCUACACAACAUUUGUCGCAGCAAUAAAAUUCGUUAAAUCUUUGUUUUUAUCGCUGUUAUUAUAAGCCAAAAUGGUCAAUAAUUUGGUGACAUUAUUUGUCUAACUGAAUGUUACAUUUCAAAUAAGAGAAAUAUAAUUUAA